AUGGCCGAACCUCAAUCCCAGCAGCAAAGGAAUAUCGUGAUUGUUGGGGGCGGCAUCAUCGGCUGCACAACAGCCUACUUCCUGGCUCGACAUCCACUCUUCAACCCCUCGCUGCACAAAAUCACCAUCAUCGAAGCCCAAUCCAUCGCCUCGGGCGCCUCGGGGAAAGCAGGCGGUCUCCUCGCUCUCUGGGCAUACCCAGCAUGCAUCGUGCCCCUCUCCUUCAAGCUCCACGCCGAGCUGGCGAAAGAACAUAACGGCGCCGAACGAUGGGGAUACAGAACUUUACACGUGGGCUCGAUACGGGCAAAGGGAAAGGUAUAUGGUUCAGAUGUGAAGGGCGAAGAGAAGGGCGGAGGAGAAGAAUGGCAGAAGUUACCCAAGACGAAAAAUAGAGGGAAGACGUUGGCUAGUAUACCGAAGGAUCUGGAUUGGUUUGACCAAGAUUGCAUAAAAGGAUACUCGGAGAUGGGCACGCCGGAGACAACAGCACAAGUCCACCCGUACCUCUUCACGACCUCGAUUUUCCAACUCGCUGCCGAAGCGGGUGUGCAGAUUACCUACGGUUCCGUGACGGCGAUUGAUAGCUUCGAUAAUGGGGUGAAGGGAGUAACGUAUGAGGAGAAGGAGACGAGGCAUAUUAAGACGUUACCGGCGAGCGACGUGGUGCUUGCUGCGGGGCCGUGGACAAGCCAUGUCUUCCCCGAGGCGCCAAUUGAUGCGAUUCGAGCACACAGCGUGGUUAUAAAAGCAGAUGUCUCGCCUUGGGCUGUGUUUACGGAGAUCGAUCUGCCGAGGGAUUUUGGGAGGAAGGUGGAAGUGGGGGAGAAGAAGAGGAGGCAUGCGUUGAAUGUUAAUCCGGAGAUGUAUGCGAGGCCUGAUGGGACGGUCUAUGCUUGUGGAGAAGGCGACACCGACGUCCCCCUCCCCAAGACCUCCAACCUGGUAGUCUGCGACGACGACAGAUGCCAAGACAUAACCGACUACAUCUCCUCCAUCUCCACACCACUUCGCACCGGCGACGUGCUCAUAAAACAAGCUUGCUACCUUCCUCACGUAUCGAGUGGCGGUGGGCCACUGAUAGGGGAGACGGGAAUAAGGGGGCUAUGGAUGGCGAGUGGGCAUACGUGUUGGGGUAUUCAGAAUAGCUGUGCGACGGGCAAGCUAAUGAGCGAGUUUAUUUUUGAGGGGGAGGCGAAGAGCGCGAUAAUUGAGACGCUGGAUCCGAGGAGGUUUCUGUAG